AUGGUGCGGGAGAUCAACAUCGGCAGCAAAGCAAUGCGUGUGGGAGCCAUGCUGUUGCUCUUGGCUUUCCUGAUCCUAGCGAUCUUUCCCGCGGCUUCAGAGCCCAAGAAGGUGGUGUGCCAUGGUGAGGAUCGAUGCCUAGAGAUGGACGAUGAAGUCAACCUUGCGGCUGAGUGGGGUAGCUUCUUCCUCGACGUGGAAAUUGUAGGGGGAGAGAUUGGGAGAGGAGCCUUUGGUCGUGUGUACAAUGCAAGGUAUCCUAAUGACUCCCAGGCUUAUGUUGCCAAAGUUGUGAUGAUUGAGGAGCGAACAAUUGCAAUGUGGUCAAUCACUUCGGAAGUCUUGGGUGAUGACGGAGACUUGUGGAUUUUGCUAGGUGUUGCAUCCCUCCACGAGCGUGGAAUUUACCAUCGAGACAUCAAGCCAGACAACAUACUAGUGGCAGGAGGACACACUCGAAUUAUCGACCUUGGGAGUGCAAUCGACCAGACCAGCAGCAAAACGUUGUACAGAGGCAUUGGUCCUCUCAGGAAUGGUGAAAGUGACAUGCGCUACACAGCACCGGAGGCUCGAUUCAUCGACGACUACAGGUUUUACCUCCAUGAAGGGGAAGCGUUUGACAUGUGGAUGGUCGGGGUUACGCUUCUAGAGGUUUUCAUGGGAAACCGGUCAGCGAUACUUCCCACGACACUGCAAAUGCAAAUGGCAUGGCAAAUUGACUACGGGAUGCCACCGCGUUCCGUGGCCUAUUUGCUGGGGCUGUCGAACUUUUGUGUCUUCCCUCCGGACAAGAUCUUGGCUGGAGAGCUCCUGGAGACAAUGGCGCUGCAAACUGCGCGAUGCGUGAAUCAGUCGGCUCUGUCACACGGCUUCCCCAAUAAGCUUGCGCUCGAGCUUGUGCAGAGCCUCCUCCGAUGGUCCCCGGAGGAUAGGAUCACAGCGAUGCAAGCUCUCAACCAUGCUUACUUUACUGGAGGUUGAGGUUCCAAUGAUCACAUCGGCUAGACUUAGGAAGCGCAAGAUGCCCGCGUGGGACUCUUGCAUGCUCGAAAGUGCGAUUAGAAGAAUACAAGACCACCUUUUUGCUCUA